GUAGCCUACUUGCUGGUAGGAAAUCUCAACCCUGAGCUAGCUUACUUGCUGAAAUUUCCAACCCAGCCCUAACGACUCAGGGUUGACUUGAGCUGGGUUAAGGCUUCUAUGGCCAACCUUGCGGACAGGAAACACUUGCCCUAACAACAAAGGUGACUGCUUAGUGCUUACCUGGCCCAUUUUCACGAAAGUUGAACGACUGGCCAAUCUUCUUUGGGACUUUGGAAUCUGAACCGUCUGGUACUCUGGCGCCCUUGAUGGCCGAGGCCUCGCAUAUGAGAACCGCUUAUUUGGGUGUGACUACCGCCUACAGUGACGAAGAGAAAAGAGGCAAUAGAUAGAGGAGAAGAGAGGAGAGCAGGCAAGGGCUGUGAUAUAUCAUUUUUCUCUCUUGAUUCUCUACUAUUUGUUUUUCUCUUUCCUUUUUUCCCUAUUUUCCUCUACAACUCGAAUCCGGAUUGCCUCUCCAGAGCGCAUUCUUCCUGUGUUCAAUAAAGGAUUUCUCUCUAUACUCUUGUGGUGGGCAAUAAGCACAAGGAUUAAGGCCUAAGUGGUGAGGGGCGGAGCCAUGGGAAGAACAGAGACGAGGUUCUUGCAAGAAUUGGUCUUGUACGCAGCGAGCGCUGCUCUCAGCUGCUUGGUGUUAUUCGCUGGACUUCGACAUAUGGACCCAAAUCGCGCAGCCAGCAAAAAGGCUCUUGAACAGAAGAAAGAAAUUGCCAAGCGAUUAGGUCGCCCUCUUGUCCAUACCAAUCCUUAUGAGGAUGUAAUAGCUUGUGAUGUCAUCAAUCCUGACCAUAUUGAUGUGGAGUUUGACUCUAUUGGAGGCUUGGAUAAUGUCAAGCAAGCAUUAUUUGAAUUGGUUAUUCUUCCAUUACGGAGACCUGAGUUGUUUGCACAUGGGAAGCUUCUUAGUCCACAGAAAGGGGUAUUGUUAUAUGGACCUCCAGGAACAGGGAAGACGAUGCUUGCCAAGGCCAUAGCAAAGGAGUCUGGAGCUGUUUUUAUUAAUGUGAGGAUAUCUAAUUUAAUGAGCAAAUGGUUUGGUGAUGCACAAAAACUUGUGGCUGCUGUGUUUAGUUUGGCCCAUAAGCUCCAGCCAGCUAUCAUAUUCAUUGAUGAGGUCGACAGUUUUUUGGGGCAGCGGCGUAAUACAGAUCAUGAAGCUUUAACGAACAUGAAAACCGAGUUCAUGGCCUUGUGGGAUGGUUUUACCACAGAUCAGAAUGCUCGGGUGAUGGUCCUGGCUGCAACCAACCGUCCAUCAGAACUUGAUGAGGCAAUACUUCGCCGUCUUCCACAAGCCUUUGAGAUAGGAAUACCUGACAGCAGUGAGAGAGCGAAGAUACUGAAGGUAAUUUUGAAGGGGAAGAUAGAAGAUGACAUUGAUUUUGACCAAAUAGCUAGCUUGUGCGAGGGAUACACUGGCUCUGAUCUUCUUGAGCUUUGCAAGCAAGCAGCUUACUUCCCUGUCAGGGACCUACUACGUGAUGAGAAGGAAGGCAAGCGAUCUCUUAGUCCAAGGCCUUUGUCACAAUCUGAUCUGGAGGAAGUUCUUGCUACAACAAGAAAGACAAGGGUUGCUGCAAGUGAAUACAAUAGGUUAAGUUCACAAUUGCCUUCAUGGUCAAGAGACUCAAGACACAGGGAGCAAGAUGAUUACCAGGUUCAGAUUGCAAUCAGUGAACUCUCCAAGCUUGUGAUGUCACAAGUUAUCAACCUUCAGUCAGAUGCAAGAGAUCCUUAAUAAUAUGUUUUUACAUUUGCCACCUGAAGGUAGUUUGUAAUGUAAUGGCCAAAUGCUUUUCAAGAUCUUGACAUGUGGAUAUUUUACUCACAGGAAUUGUAAUCUUUCUUUGAGGCAGACUGCCUGCAGCAUCAACCCUUGCAGGCUCUCAAUAUCCUCGUGGAAUAUCAUAAGAAUUUUACGUAGGCUGGAUUCAGACCAUUACCUUUCAUUGGAUUAGUACUAUCAAAAUUUCAGUUUUUAUUUUUUAUUUUUUUUAA